AUGGCUCGAGAGCAAUUGCAAGUGCUCAGUGCACUUGAUUCAGCCAAGACCCAAUUGUACCAUUUCACGGCAAUCAUCAUUGCUGGAAUGGGUUUCUUUACGGACGCCUAUGAUCUUUUCGCGAUAUCCCUUGUCACAAAAUUGCUUGGGCGUAUCUACUAUCACAAAGACGGUGCACCCAAGCCUGGAACCCUUCCCCCUGGCGUCGCCUCAUCGGUUACUGGUGUCGCCCUUGUUGGAACACUAUGCGGUCAACUGUUCUUCGGAUGGCUCGGUGACAAAAUGGGCCGGAAGAGAGUCUACGGAAUGACCUUGGCUAUGAUGGUUAUAUGCUCUCUUGCUUCAGGCCUCUCAUUUGGGAACGAAGCGAAAGGUGUCAUGGCCACCCUUUGUUUCUUUAGGUUUUGGCUCGGUUUUGGCAUUGGUGGUGACUAUCCGUUGUCGGCCACGAUCAUGUCAGAAUACGCUAAUAAGAAGACCCGUGGUGCGUUUAUCGCGGCUGUUUUCGCUAUGCAAGGGUUUGGGAUUUUGGCAAGUGGGGUGGUAGCCCUAAUCGUGUCAGCCGCUUUUGACCACGCGUUUAAUGCGCCAUCCUACGCAACGGACCCAACAGGCUCCACGGUUCCACAAGCAGACUACAUCUGGCGUAUUGUACUAAUGUUUGGUGCCAUUCCGGCAGCCUUGACAUAUUAUUGGCGUAUGAAGAUGCCUGAGACCGCCCGAUACACCGCUCUGGUGGCCAAAAACGCAAAACAAGCCGCACAAGACAUGACCCGAGUUUUGCAAGUAGAGAUUGAAGCUGAAGAACAAAUGGUGGAGAAAAUUUCCAAGGAUGCUAGCAAUUCAUUUGGAUUGUUUUCAAAACAAUUCCUCCACCGCCACGGCCUCCACUUGCUCGGUACCUGCUCCACCUGGUUCCUACUCGACAUCGCUUUCUACUCACAAAACCUUUUCCAAAAAGAUGUCUUCACCGCCAUUGGGUGGAUCCCAGCGGCGGCCACAAUGAGUGCGACCGGGGAGGUAUGGAAAGUGGCUAAGGCUCAAACUCUAAUCGCACUCUGCAGUACAGUUCCCGGAUACUGGUUCACAGUCGCUUUCAUCGAUAUCAUUGGACGUUUCGCGAUCCAACUCAUGGGAUUCUUCUUCAUGACGGUCUUCAUGUUUGCUCUAGCGAUCCCUUACCAUCAUUGGACCUUACACGAAAACCGUAUAGGUUUUAUCGUCAUGUACUCAUUGACAUUCUUCUUCGCAAACUUUGGGCCAAAUGCCACUACUUUUGUGGUCCCUGCAGAAAUCUUCCCAGCCAGGCUUCGGUCCACUUGUCACGGCAUCUCUGCCGCAGCAGGUAAAGCCGGUGCCAUCGUUGGUGCUUAUGGGUUUCUCUAUGCUGCUCAGAGCACAGACCCUAAGAAAACGGACCAUGGGUACCCAACAGGUAUCGGAAUCAAGAACUCUCUCAUUGUUCUUGGUGUAAUCAACUUCUUGGGCAUGGUAUUUACAUUUUUGGUACCCGAGCCUAAUGGCAAAUCACUCGAAGAAUUGUCUCGUGAGAACGAAGGAGACGAUGAGCCAUCAACCAACAUGCCUAACCAAACUGUUCCUGUUUGA